AUGGCCUUUCGCUUCCUCGACCUCAGCUCGGAGUUGCGCAAUAUGGUGUACUACUUCGCAUCAAUCAACGACGCACACGUUCCAAUCCGACACGAUUCCUCUCUCCAGUCUGGCACCUACGCGGGUCUUACCAGAGUUUGUGUCCAGAUCCGCCGAGAAUACCGCCCGAUCCAACGUCGCAUGGCUGAGGUUCGGUUGGACCUUGCAAAUGUUGGCUAUUAUGCUCAGGCAUUCCUCACGCCAGCCGAAGACUCCAUGUCUCUCCCCCACAAAAUACGCGUCGAAGGAAGAUUCGCGGUAUUCUCAGUUCACGGCUCUCACUACAGCAUCUUCUCGGUCCUCAAGCUCAAGGCUACCCACCCUGGCCUGGACUGCGAGAUUGUGCGCGCCACCAUUGCGAACGCCUGGGGAUGUGCACAGCACGGCAUGUUCUUCCGGGAUUUGGACCAAGUUCGGGGUCUCAACGCACUUGCUUUCCAUGCGAACGAAAAGUGGCGCGAGGAUAUUAGGAACGGGAUCAUUGGAGAUGUCCGGAUCAGAUCAAGCGCAUCAUUCGUUGAGACUACAUGUAUUUGUAUCAACUUCACGGGUGUCCACGCCCAAAAGAACUACGCUGAAGCGAUCAGCGCGCCUGAUGCGUGGAGCAGCGCUCGCGGUCUUGACGUCGCGCUAUCACACGGUCAUCAUGUUGCGUUGUACUUCUCACCCAUGUUCACUUGA